GAUACAAGACUGUCAGUGCUAGCCGAGCCGCCACUCAAGACGGACGCCGGCCACUCCACGCCCCGACACCGCCGUCUCGCGAUCACUCGACAACAAACACACGCAACUGCAUUUACAAGUUGAGAGAAAUUUUGGUGCAUGCUGAGAAUUAUUAGGAGCUUCUGCAAAAUGAAACCGCCGGUAAACGCCGCACUCCUCCACGAUGUCGACAUUCCAACGAAGAAGGCCACAUUCGGCAUGGGGUGUUUCUGGUCCAACGACUCACUGUUCGGUGCCACGCCGGGUGUGAUCCGGACUAGAGUCGGUUACUCUGGCGGCACCACCAAGAACCCACACUACAGAAGCCUCGGCGACCACACGGAGGUGAUCGAGCUGGACUACGACCCCAAAUCCGUCACCUUUGAGGAGCUUCUCGACAUGUUCUGGGGUAACCACGAGUAUGGACUAACCACCAAGCUAAAGAGACAGUACCAAUCCAUGAUCCUGUACCAUGACGAGGAGCAGCGUGAGGCGGCUGAGGCGUCCUACAAAGAGAUGACGGCACGGUUCGGCCAGCUACGAACCGAGAUAGCACCAGCAUCUACAUUCUACCCCGCCGAAGAUUACCACCAAAAAUACCGCCUCCAAGGCCACAAGGACCUCUGCCGGAGCCUCGGGCUGGACUCGGCCAAGCUGCAGAGCUCGCACCUGGCGGCGCGGCUCAACGGCUACCUCGUGGGCGUCGGCGGCGCGGCGCAGUUCGAGGCCGAGCGCCCGCGCCUCGGCCUCAGCGAGCAGCAGGCGCAGUACGUCCGCGCCGAGCUGCAGCGCAACGAGGGCGGCGGCCUGGCUUGCUAGCGAGGGACGUGUGGCUUUACAGGCGAACAAAGUGGCUGACGAUUUAUUUCCUGAGAUAUUUAAAGUGACAGCGCGUUUAUUUUUUUUCUAAGAAAUGUGUAUGCGCUACACGGGUAAGGGCCAUAUAUAGAUUUAGGUUCCAAUUAAAAAAACUUAGUAAAAUAAAUUGGCUCCAAAUUUAAGCACUAAAUCUGAGCGGGUUAUCCGAUAUAAGAAUUAGCUAAAAAUAAGGCUGCUGUAACGAUAACUCUAAAAAAAGAAGCUACAGUUUUUUCUGUCUGUGUAUGACCCGUGAUAUGUCGAUCAAAGUAGCUUUUCUUGUUUUCAUAACUUCCUAGCAUCAACUCUUAGCUUAGAUUGGAUGUCGUCCUACGUUUUGAAGCCUUGCACAUCUCCAAGAAAAACAACCUGUAUUUAUAAAAUAUAACAUCUUAUCUUCAGCUUCUUUCUCCUGCGCUAAGAAAGCUAGCCUGAUAAGCUAAUAUUUGACAAAGUGCCUCGGCAGUUAGCCCUUGUAAAUCCUAAAGAUCCAUCGAUUGCAAAAGCGAGCUAUUCCACAGCCUUGCUUUGGGCCCUUUCGAUAUCACGGUUUUUAAGAAUCAGAUUUAUAAAACUAAAUUGGAAAAUGCCCUAUACUUCUACCAGAUAACGGAAACAUGGUCAAAAUCUUCUGCCAUAUGGACCUACAAAAAAUAUACGACGCCCACUCACGACGUAAUUUAAAACAGUAGCGUACGAUACUACGCGUCAAAAGUAGUACAGGUCUUUGAUAUCUAAAAAAAAAGUAAUAUCUCUAUAAUGAGGUAGGUACUUAUACUACUUAUAUACAAUUAGUACAAUACCGUCUUCACCAUGAGGGCAGCCGGGGCCCGUGCCCAGGGCCCUCAUCCUCAGGGGUCCCGAAGGACAGACAGUAACAGUAUAUUUGAUUACCCAUAAUAAAUAUAAGAUCAAAGACACAUAGAAAUAGAAAAUUCUUAGUUUACUUAAUUCGCUUUCUUUACUUUCUAAAAGGGCCCCAAAUUCUUAUGUGCCCAAGGACCCUAGCAUAGUUUAAGACGGCCCUGCUUAUAUGUAAAACAAUAAUGUAUACACAUUUUUGCACGUGAACUGUAAAUAUGACUAGAAUCAGUAUUUGUAAAAUAUGACAGGACGGCAGAGACUUUUGGCGUGUUGUACUAUUCGCUACUACUGAUGCUGGGCGCCCUAAUAAUGACAGUGAACCUAAAUUGUCUCCUUAAUGAUGAUACUUUUCUCAUCUUCAAAGUUCUGUUUGAUACAAAAAAAUAUAAAGUUAUAGAUACAAAAUGAUCAAUUGCAAAGUGCAAUCUGAUUUCUGCCUUAAAUGAGAGGGCUUAAGUUGAAAUUAUAUUGACGAUGAUACUAUGCCUGAAGCAAAAACUGUCGAGGCACUGUAGACUAUUAUAAAUUGGUUGUUAAAAAGCGAAGAGUACUUUAUUUAGGACAGAUAUCAAAAUGUUAUUAUUGAAAUCAUACAAUUUCGUUCUAGCAUGAAGAGCGAGUAAUUUAUCUCUGACAGGGAAAAUCAAAAAGACCGAAUUUUCUGAUCGUUUUGUCCAAAAACUGGAUAUAGUGUACUGUAAUAGUGACUCUGUUUUAUUAUAUUGUUAAUAAAUAGCAUCUGUUAACGCAAGAUAGCAUCCGAACAGCUAAACAAUUGGACUCCGACUGUUCUUCAGUCAAUAUUUGUCCAACGAGUCCUAGAUUUAUGAAAUGUUAAAAAUCUCUAAGUUUUAAGUUCAUUUACUAUGAGAUCGCGUAGGUGAUAUCGCGUCCAUGGGACCCAGAGAUUGCUUUUCUGCCGAUCCGAUAUUGCGUUUAAUUUUGUCUAAGAACUGUCGUCAUUUGGACUGUUCCGCACUAAGCUUGCAGGAAAAUGAAAAAAAAAAACUGCAACAAAUAAUUGCAUUUUAUGUUUCUUUACCUACAUAAUAAUUUGUAAGUAGUUUUCCUCAUUUUACGUAAAUUUGUAUGUAAAAGUGUUUUUAGUUUGUCAAAGUUGAUUCCCAGUAUUGUUUUGUUUUAGUUUAGUUUAGGCAUAAAGAUUAUCAUCAUUUAUGUCAAUCUCAUUAUUAUAUUUUAGUGUAUUCGUAAUAUAAUUGUAUUUUCCCA